AGUCAGAAGAUACCACAUACAGAGAAAGAGAGGGAGCCUGAUCUGUGAGACCGACUGAUUACACUUUUAGUCCCAAAUUGCAGGGGUGCACAGAUCAUAUAUACGAAAACAUUUUGUUCAGCGAAAUAACGGGAAGUGGCUGAGAAAAGGCUGCGUCAUGUGGAUCUGUCAUGCGACCAUCAUCCUCUCCCUUCUCUGGAUAGCAGAAUCCACAUCUACGGAACCGACUGGUUAUAUAAUCCAGCUGAAGCGUGAUGUCUCUGUAGAGGAGGGUCUGUGUGUCACCAUCCCUUGUAGUUUUACUACUAACUAUAGAACGACAUACACAAAAUCCACAGGAUACUGGAAGAAACGGGUCUCUGAUGACAUUGUAGCCUCUAAUGAUAAAUCUGUUACUGGGGUAAAACCCAACUUCCAGCUGACAGGAAAUCCAGAUAUCAGGGACUGCACACUGACAAUAACCAGUGCCAGGAGAGAAGAUAACGGGGAGUAUUAUUUCAGGUUUGAAGAAACAACACAUAGCUCAAAUAAAUGUAAUUAUGUCACAAACACAACCAUUCUGACGGUGAGAGAUCUGACACGAGAGCCAGAAAUCUCCAAUCCCGGGCCGCUAAUCUCAGGGCGAGAGGUGACGCUGACCUGUUCUCCUCCCGGGAACUGCUCUGGAGCGUUUCCAGUUUUCCAGUGGACAAAGAGCAAUCAGAUUGGAAUUUGGAAAAAGACAGCAAAUGUGACAUUUACCCCAUCUCAGAGCGAUCACCGCCAGUCUAUAACGUGUAACGUGACUUUCCCAGCUGUGAAUUCUUCUACACAGAGAACUAUAAACCUAGACGUUCACUAUACCACCAUCGGUCACAGAAAUGAGGCUUGCAACAGCCCUAUACCUGGUGCAGAUCACCCGUCUGAGUACGGCAUCCAAUACCCACCUAGAAAUCCAGAUGUCCUCAUUACGUCAUCUAAAGGUAGAAAACUUGAAGCAAGUGUGUCUGUGAGUAUCAAUGAGGGAGAGUCUCUGACUCUAAACUGCACUGUGGACAGUAACCCAGCAGCUACUGUGAGAUGGACAAAGGGAGAAGUUGAUGUAGACUUGAACGACACGACUGGUCUAGAAGUGGUGAAUAUAACUUCCUCAGAGGCAGAUACCUACAGGUGCUUUGCAUGGAACAUAUAUGGUGUUACUGAGAAACGUAUCCAUGUCAUCAAUGAACAAGGAGUGGAUUCAACAAUCCGUGAUCUAAUGAUUGGAAUCAUGUGUGUCAUAGUCAUGGUCCUUGCUGUACUUUUAAUGAUAAAAAUAAUUGCAAAUAAGCAGAUGUCUAAGAACCCAAAAAGUGAUCCCAUUGAGGCACCACCCACAGAUGAGCCCAGCCAGUUGUACAUGAAUAUUAGGAAAUUUAAGCAGAGAUCUAAGGUCCAAAAACCCAGUAUGCGAGUGGAUAUAAGUAGCAUCACCACUGACCAAGAUGAGGAGCUGCAUUAUUCCAACAUAUCCUUCCCUGCUGAACCCUCAGGAACCUCCUUAAGCCAACCAGGGGUGGAAUAUGCCAAGAUAAAGCCAAAACGGAUCAACUAGAUUAUGCCAAGAAUCCACCACUCAUAAUAUUUUCUCUUCCACCAUUUUGUAUGGCUUUCGGACCCUAAAAACCAACUCUAACAUCUUAACAAGGAAUAUUCUUUGAUGCCAUGGAAUUAAUAAGUUUUCCAAAAAUGUUGAUGAUUUUGUAUCAGUAUUCCAGUUUGUAGAUUUACACAGUUAAAAAAAGAAACAAAUAACAAAAAAGACAAGAAAUGUUAGGAGAAUGGAUCUAACCCGUAGAUCUACUUUGUCAUAUUUACAAAGUCUUGCUAUUUUCUAGGGCUAAAUUAUGUUUACAUUUUUACUAGGAAAUGUUUGAUCCUAUAAAUGGCCAAAACAUGGUCCUAUCCUAUCAGAACGCAACAGUAUUUUAAAUUAUACAAGUUUAUAUAGGUAUUAAUAGAAGUUCAGUGUUAAUAUGAAUCAUUCCCCUAGUAGUAAGGAAUAUCAGAUAGAUAUAGCUUGGAGUAGCUAGUGGGAGAUGAUGAGGGAAUGGAUGAGAGUGUUUGCAGCAACUUCUGUAGGAAAAGGACAUGUUCUGUCAAUAUUUCAAAAGCUGCAUGUUGGGAAGACUAAGGGAAUAUACAGUAUAUUUAUAAUGCAACAGCAUACACAUGGUGCUUUGCAACUGAGAUCAAACAAAUGGUUUAAUUCAGAUUUGUACAUAAACCCACUGAUUUACAUACAUGUCUGAAGGUAUGUACAGAACGGUUCAUGUGAUACAGAACGGUGCAGAACGGGUGAAGAGCGGGACUUGUGAUACAGAACGGUGCAGAACGGGUGAAGAGCGGGUCUUGUGAUACAGAACGGUGCAGAACGGGUGAAGAGCGGGUCUUGUGAUACAGAAAGGUGCAGAACGGGUGCAGAACGGUUCAUGUGAAACAGAACGGUGCAGAACGGGUGAAGAGCGGAUUUUGUGAUACAGAACGGUGCAGAACGGGUGAAGAGCGGGUCUUGUGAUACAGAACGGUGCAGAACGGGUGCAGAACGGUUCAUGUGAUACAGAAUGGUGCAGAACGGGUGCAGAGCGGUUCAUGUGAUACAGAACGGUGCAGAACGGGUGAAGAGUGGGUCUUGUGAUACAGAACGGUGCAGAACAGGUGCAGAGCGGGUCUUGAGAAACAGAACAGUGCAGAACAUGUGUAGAGCUUGUCUUGUGAUACAGAUCGGUGCAGAACAGGUGCAGAGCAGGUCUUGUGAUACAGAACGGGGUAUAACGGGUGCAGAGCAGAUCUUGUGAUACAGAACGGUGCAGAACGGGUGCAGAACGGUUCAUGUGAUACAGAACGGUGCAGAACGGGUGCAGAGCGGGUCUUGUGAUACAGUUUUCAGCACUCUGUCAGCAGCAGCAUGAUUUACAUGCAGCAUUUGGGGGGACAGCACCCAGCACUGUUUUAAAGGCCUGACAGGUCCAGGGUCUGCAUCAUUAGAUGCAGACGUACUAGACCUGGUUGUCCUGGUCUGCUGGCCAGCCUGAGUAAGCUUCAGCUUAUACAAGCCAACUGGUGCAGAUAAACAUUGCGAAUCACAACUGAUGGUUGUGAUGGUGACUUGGUAGCACUUGGAUCUUGUAAAUGCAUGAAAGAGCUGUCUAUCUCCCACAGAUGAGUCCUGGUGCAUUGAAUUUUGAUUACAUGGAAUUGCACAGCCGAUUCCUUGCAGCUGUACAAUUCCAGACAAUCAUGAAUCAGUCCUAAAGUACUAAAACAAGACUCUAUUAAUAGAAAGAAAAAUAGGUAAGAUAGAUAAGCCCACUUACCUACAAUCUAUAGCAUACAGUAGAACCUGUAGUGGAUUUGGUCAAUGGGAUGAAACUCUAUGCUCCUUCUAAUAAAAACCACCAGCUUUACCUUCUGCUUUUGCUAUUUUCUCUAGGAACCUUAUUUUUAUUGUUAUUAGGGGCCAUUAGUAGGAUUUACUUAUGUAUUGCUGUUUGAUUAUACUGUAAAAUGGUAAGAACAAGAUGUUCAUUCAGGUUACUGGAAGAUAGGUAAAUCACUGGCAUAGAAUGUAAAAAUGAUUAUCUGCUCACUGUGGAUUAUGUGCUGUGGCUCCACCAUUGGAUGUUCCUUUUGGCUUUCUAAACUGUGCAUCAAAGCAAAUAAAAAAUGUUUUGCAGAAACUAAA